GAUAGCGAGGUGGAGGAGAAUCUGGGGAAAGCUGGAUUGUGGGGAGUGUUCGAGCCAAAUCAUGCACGGCACAGUGCGGGAACGGAAUGCGACCCAAGCCGAGCGCGGCUCCUCCACAACCCGAAUACCUGCUUGUCUUCGACAAUCACUCAGCUUCCGGUUGAAGAUGAGACCGACCACCAAGCUUGCGCAUCAAUUUGGCUCUCAAAUCCGUCCUGAUUUCAGCGGACAAAUACAACGCACCCGGCAAUUGCGUGAUAGCCAACGUUGCCACUUUCAGCGUCAACUUGAUCCAUCCUAGCCUCCGCUGAAUCUAACAGCAUUCCAUCAGAUACGUGUUCGAAACGAGAAGCUAUCAUCAAGAAGUCUUUUCAGUAUAGACUGAGCUCUUGACUGGCACCAAACUCUUCAAUAUGACGGUCCCACCAGUCCACUUCUUCUCCCACGGUUCGACCAUGAUGCUGGGAGAAGAAUCGCGCUCCGCAGAUUACUGGAAAGCCUGCGGCGACGAAGCCCUCCACCACGGCAUCAAAGGGAUCAUCAUGAUGGGCGCACAUUGGGAUGCACGAGGCGUAAACCGGAUCGACGUAUCCAUGAACCCGAAGCCCAAUAAAUCACCCGUCGCCUACGUCCACCCGAGCAAAUACGUCGACUACGAGCUCAACCCUGAUCUCGCCACAGGCAAGAAAUGCAUCGCAGCACUACGAGAAAAGGGUAUCGAUGCCCGACCAAACGACAAGUUUGAUUGGAUCCACGACACAUAUCUCAUCCUGAUCCGGAUGUUCCCCUCCAAGUGCCCGCCGACAACAAUCAUCAGCAUGAACGGACGCUUCGAUCCCCACCUCCAUGCACGAGUUGGAAGCAUCCUCGCCCCCUUUCGCGAAGAAGGGUACCUCAUCAUCGGCACUGGCGGCGCAGUGCACAACCUCUACCGCAACCACUGGGGCCAGAUGCUCAAAUACUCUGACAACCUCGCUCAGCCAUACCCACCGGAAGCACCCAUGCUUGAGUUCCGACAGAGCGUUGAGGAUGUUUUUGUCAGGAGUUGCAGGAAAGGAGCGCCGAAAGGUGCUGUGACGAGAGGCAUCACGAGGCUGAUGAAGCACCCGAUGUUUAGGGAUGCGCAUGCGACGGAUGAUCAUUAUAUGGCGGCGUGCUUUGUUGCAGGAGUGGUGGAUGCGAGUCCAAGAAGUGGGGAGGAGUGUGUGUUGGGGGCUGAAGAUUGGGAGUUGGUGAAUAUGUGUAAUAGCCAGUUUACGGUUGGGAGGUGGGCGCAGAAGGCUUGAUUUGUUCAGUGCAUUUGGCGUUCGUCUGUAUAGCAAUACCACAUGUCAAAUUUCAC